AUUGGGCAAAAUUACGCCUGGCGUUAAAAUAAUAAAAGGACAUUACUAUGGUCAUGAAAUGAUCAGCAAAUGACGCGCACUGUUUUGCUGACACCGUUCUUCUUUUAGCAUACAGUGAGUCACCACGUGUUGCCGUUGUAUUGAAUUUACUCAGCCAGAUGCUCAAAGUUUUCUAUUUUUUCCAAAAGAAAGCACAAAAUAAGUACACAUUGGUUGAACAAUUUAAGGUUAUUUCUAUUCUUUUAAGUCAGAAGAAUAGGAGGUGGGCGGUUGACCACUCCUCCCGUGCUCUCAUUGGUCUCCAAAAUUCGCGGACUUUGACACGAGGAAAUCCACAAAUAUUGCGUUGAUACAACCAAGUUGGUCGGACUCCGGACGCAUUGUUAAUCACAUCUGUAAAGAGAUUAUCAGUUAUGGCUCAAAUCAAUGGCCAUGAUAAUGAAACAUGGAAAUCGCACAACAACAUGAUGUUGGAACCUCUCAGCACAAAUGAUCCUGAGGUUUUCGACAUAAUAAAGAAAGAGAAAAAGAGGCAGACAUACGGAUUAGAGCUCAUUGCUUCUGAGAACUUCGCCAGCCGAGCUGUUUUGGAAGCUCUGGGCUCCUGCAUGAACAACAAGUACUCUGAGGGUUAUCCUGGACAGAGAUAUUAUGGAGGAACUGAGCAUGUGGAUGAAUUGGAGCGUCUGUGUCAGGAGAGAGCGCUGAAGGUUUACGGCCUUGACCCGGAUAAAUGGGGAGUGAAUGUUCAACCGUACUCUGGGUCACCUGCAAACUUUGCUGUGUACACAGCUAUAGUGGAACCUCAUGGGCGGAUAAUGGGCCUGGAUUUGCCUGACGGCGGCCAUCUCACCCAUGGCUUCAUGACCGACAAAAAGAAAAUCUCAGCCACCUCCAUUUUCUUUGAGUCUAUGCCUUAUAAGGUUAACCCAGAAACUGGAUAUAUUGAUUAUGACAGACUUGCAGAGAACGCUCGCCUCUUCCACCCCAGACUUAUCAUUGCAGGCACCAGCUGCUAUUCCCGUAACCUGGACUACAGUCGCAUGAGAAAGAUAGCAGAUGAGAAUGGAGCCUAUCUUCUGGCCGACAUGGCCCACAUUAGUGGUUUGGUUGCAGCAGGAGUGAUUCCCUCUCCGUUUGAAUACUGUGAUGUUUUUUCCACCACUACCCACAAGACCCUGAGGGGUUGCAGAUCAGGUGUCAUUUUCUUCAGAAAAGGAGUGCGCAGUGUUGAUGCAAAGACAGGAAAGGAGACCCUGUAUAAUCUGGAGAGUCUCAUUAACCAGGCGGUGUUUCCUGGACUGCAGGGUGGCCCUCACAAUCAUGCCAUUGCAGGAGUGGCUGUUGCUUUAAAGCAAGCUCUGACCCCAGAGUUCAAGACCUAUCAAAUGCAAGUUCUGGCUAAUUGCAAGGCUUUAGCAGCGAUACUUAUGGAAAAGGGAUACAAAAUAGUUACAGGUGGCUCUGAUACUCAUCUCAUCUUGGUUGAUCUGCGUCCAAACGGAACCGAUGGAGGAAGAGCAGAGAAAGUCCUGGAGGCGUGUGCGAUCGCCUGCAACAAAAACACCUGCCCAGGUGAUAAAAGUGCUUUGCGACCAAGCGGCCUUCGUUUAGGAUCUCCUGCUCUUACGUCCCGAGGGCUGCUGGAGGAUGAUUUCCGCAAGGUUGGCGAGUUCAUUCACCAAGGCAUCGAGUUGACAUUGGAGAUCCAAAGAAACAUGAAUCCUAAAGCAACUUUGAAGGAGUUUAAGGAUGAACUGGCUCAAAAUGAGAAGUAUCAAGUAAAAAUCAACAAAUUUCGAAAGGAGGUGGAGGAUUUUGCUGGAAAGUUUCCAAUGCCUGGGUUGCCUGAAUUAUAAAUAAUAUCCCUCUGACAUUUGGUCUUUCCAAAUUUUUUCUCUUCAAUGCGCACAGAAUAAACUGUUUGAAUACAGUUUAAUAGUCUGUUACUACCACCAUAUGACUUGACCCCAUAUAAUUGGUAUCUGUACUCUUGUACAACUGACCACAUCAUUGUGAUUCACAUGUUUGUUUGUUUGUAUUAAAAGUUGAAAAUACCAACAGAGAUGAAAAAUCCAACUGGAUAUUUUAAAAAUAUCCACAGUAACAAUGCAUUUGUAUGAUGCAAAUAAAGUCUAAAAUACUGUAAAUGAGAACCUGUGUUAGGGACUCUUUAUUAUUUUUUUUAUUGAUCUGCUCAUUGUUAUUUACUAUUAUAAAGUCAUUACCCUUUUAGAACAAGAUAAAUCAU